AAAUUUUCACUAGGAGAAACAUAUCCCCAACUCCUCGCAUUGCAUUGCAUACAACCCACGAGCUGUCUUAGGAGCCGGCUCAAUAUAUAUUUUUAAUUACCAAAAAACCCCGUUCAGAAACCCCACGCCCUCGCAUCCGAGGUACUACGGUUCAUGGGCAUAAUCGCCAUUUAAUUUAACCCAAUUCCAUUGCCGAUCAAAACACGGGCGCUUUUCGACCUCCAUGGCCGUCUACAAACUUUCCAAUUUCGAUUUUGAGCUUCCAAUCAAUUACGUAAGCCGAAUUCGUAUCCGUAAUUUAAGGAAUUUAAUUACCUUGCUUGAUUUUGCAGCCUCCGCCGUCACCUCUUCUUGCGAUUUAUCGGAGAUAAGUUGUCAUUGUCCUUAAGAGUUUAAAUCAACUUCAUGUGCUGUUGUACUACAAUUUUGUCAUGCACUGCUGUAUUUAUUGGCUUUCUAAAAUUGUGGGUUUGCAAAAUCUGAUGCAAUGACAAUGUCUAGCAAGUUUGAUCUGUCUUCUGGUAGCCCGGAUAGGCCACUGUACACCAGUGGGCAGCGUGGAGCCUACUUAGCUGCUCAGCUUGACAGAUCAGGUAGCUUUCACGAGACCAUGGAGAACCAAAUUCUACCUUCUCUUUCUGGUAUGUCAAGGAGCAGUUCUGUAGUAGCCCAAGAAGAUGUAUCCAACUUCUUCCAAUGCCUGCGUUUCGAUCCAAAGGUGGUUGUUGCUGAUCAUAAGUCUAGUCGCCAAGGAGACUUUAAACGGCACAUUAAUGUUGCUCUUGGCAUUUCUGCUGAUGAAUCUCCUACUGUGUUGUCAAAAGGCAAGUUGCUGACUUCUCCCAUACCUGAGGAAAUCAAACGACUUAAGGCUGGUCUACGUGAUUCUUCUGUCAAAGCGAGGGAGCGUAUGAAAACUUUCAAUGAAGCCUUAUCAGUAUUCAACAAGUUUUUUCCAAGCAUACCAUCUAAGAAGAGAUCUCGAUCAGAUAGCUUUUCUGGUGACCGAUCUAAUGCCUUGUUAUCUAGUGAUCGGUCCAUCUUGGGGCCUACCAUUGGCAAGAUGGGAAUGCAUAAUCUUUCUGUUGCUGGAGAUUUUGAAUUUGAUCAGCAGCAGUCAGAAGAAAGGCCAAAAAAUGUUGUUCCAAGUAAACGAACUCGAACUUCUCUGGUGGAUCUCAGGAUGGAUAUGCGGAACAAUGCUUUAGUUAAGCAGCCUGGUAAUGCAGAUAGGGAAAGGGAACUGCUCAGGGUGUCAAAUAGCGGUGCAGUUCAGGGUGAGGAUCGAACUGUAUCAGGUGGCAUCGAUGGAUGGGAAAAGGCAAAGAUGAAGAAAAAGCGUUCUGGGAUAAAAAUUGAUGUAUCUCCUAGUAUGGUAUCAGCUAAACCUGUGGAAGGGUACCGGGAAUCUAAACAGGGAAUACAGCAAAGGGCUGUUUCUGAUGCUCGAUCAAGGUUAAAUAAUGAAUCCCAUGGCUUCAGGUCGGGAAUUGCUAAUGGAUCUGUUGGAGUAGGAAAAUUGGAAGGUAUCUCGCUGCCGACUGGCUUGGGUCCACGCUCGUCUAACCCUAGGUCUGAUCCAGACAACAGCUCCCCUCUCAGUGAUCGGAGAGAUCGUCCUGUUGCUUCUGAUAAAGAGAGAGUGAAUAUCAGAGCUGUUAACAAGAUGAAUGUCCGUGAUGAAUUUAGUUCAGGUAGUCCUACUUCAAGCUCAAAAAUGAAUGCAUCUGUUCGUGGUCCUCGAUCAGGGUCUGGGGUUAGUCCAAAGUUGUCGCCAAUUGUUCAUAGGGUGGCAUCAAAUGACUGGGAGCUUUCUCACUGUACAAAUAAACCACCUACUGCUGGUGGAGCUAAUAACCGAAAACGCACGACAUCAGCUAGGUCUUCAUCACUACCUGUCACCCACUGGGCCAGCCAGAGACCACUGAAGAGCUCUCGUAGUGCAAGACGAACAAAUAUUGUUCCUAUUGUUUCAAGUAAUGAUGAAACACCGUCGCUGGAUGCUAUGUCUGAUAUGGCAAGUGAUGAAACUGGGUCAGGAUUUGCUAGACGCUUGUCAAGCAAUUCUCCCCGACAAGUUAAACUAAAAGGUGAUGCCUUAUCUUCAGCUACUCUUUCUGAGAGUGAGGAGUCCGGGGCUGCAGAAAUUAAAUCUAAAGAAAAGGUGAAAAUUUCGGAUGAAAUAGAUGAGAAAGCUGGACGGAAUGUUCAAAAGGUAUCCCCUUUGGUCUUGCCAUCAAGAAAGAAUAAGCUGAUGACUGGAGAAGAUAAGGGAGAUGCUGUACGUCAACAAGGGAGGACUGGACGGGGUAUUACUUCUUCAAGAUCUCUUAUGCCAAUGAUGGUUGAGAAGUUUGGCAAUGUGGGAACAGCAAAACAGCUCAGAAGUGCCAGGCUUGGCUUGGAUAAGGCUGAAAGCAAGGCUGGUCGUCCUCCAACUAGGAAGCUAACUGACCGCAAGGCCUAUGCACGCCAGAGGCAUGUAGCUAUCAGUGCAGCUGCAGAUUUCCUUGUUGGUUUGGAGGAUGGACAUGAAGAGUUGGUAGCUGCUGUAAACAAUCUUAUUAAUUCUGGUAGUUUCUUUUGUGUCAAUUUUUUGUUAAUUUCUGUGGUGCAAAAUUCAUUGAUUGAUUUUACUUCCAUUGCAGCCCAUGCCUUUCCAAACUCCUUUUGGAGGCAGAUGGAGCCUUUUUUUGGUUUCAUAUCUGAUGCAGAUAUUGCCUAUUUGCAGCAGCAGGGAAAUUACGAACUCGCCAAAUUGGGAUCAACACCAGUUCCUUCUAUUACAAACGGUUGUCAUACCAUCCCCAAUGGAUGUGGGUUGCUUGAACAAGAAAGAGAUGGCAGAAUUGCUGCUGUAAUACCAGAUGGUGAAGUCGUUUCACCACAAUUGGUACUGGAUACUGGAGACAAAAAUGUGAUUUCUCUCUGUCAGAGAUUUAUAGCAGCUCUAAUUCCAGAAGAAGUAAGUGACUGUGGAAAUGAAGACCUUCCAUGCGAUGCUUAUGGAACUGGAUUUGAGAUGGAUGGAGAAUUGGGAUCCAAUGGUUUGAGUCAUAUUGUUAACUUCCAGUCUACUGGGCAUACUUCGUUUAAUGGUUAUAGGAUAACUGGGAAGCCAGAACAUGAUGAUUCUGAAAUUGAUAUGUUGAGAAACGCAGAAAUUCACUCAAAUUUUAGCCCAUCCUUGAAUGGCACUUUUGGAAACCAACCGAUGCUUGGCUCGGUUUGUUCAGAAUUCCAGUAUGAGAGUAUGAAUAUAAAUGAGAAACUCCUUUUGGAGGCCCAAAGUGUUGGAAUUUUCUUAGAACCACUGCCUGAUGUAGCACAGAUGGAGGAUGAUGAAAUUUGUGCAGACAUUAGUAAGCUAGAGGAGAAGCUCAAUGAACAGGUUUCAAAGAAGAAAGGCCUGCUUGAAAAGCUGUUGGAAACUGCCACAGAAACAAGAAGAACUCAGGAGAAGGGACUCGAACAGUUUGCUCUUGACAAACUUGUCAUGAUGGCUUAUGGGAAGUACAUGAGUUGUUGGGGUCGUAAUGCUGGUGGGAAGAGUUCCAGUAACAAAACGAUCAAGCUAGCUGCCUUGGCAUUUGUUAAACGGACAUUAGAUCGAUAUCAUAAAUUUGAAGAUACAGGCAAGAGCUGCUUCGAUGAGCCCAUGCUUAGAGACAUGUUUCUUUCUGGGUUUUUCCUGAAUGAUGGUGAAUCUGGGAAGCCCUGUUCAAAUAGCUCUAUCCGUUCUAGAGUUUCAGGUCAAAAUGGGGAUAGCUAUGCUGUUAAUUCGCCUGAUCUGCUUCCACCCACAAAUCGGUUAUCUGGUCAAACUGCUGUUAAAGAUGACUCAUGGUCUAACAGGGUGAAAAAGAGAGAGUUAUUGUUGGAGGAUGUAGUUGGUGGUACUUCUUUGUCAGGCAAUGCAAAAGGUAAGAGGAGUGAGAGAGACAGAGAAGGAAAGGGACAUGGUAGAGAGGUUUCAUCUAGAAAUGGGACUAAUAAGAUUGGCCGACCAGUGUCCAAUGUUAAGGGGGGAAGGAAAUCAAAAGCAAAGCCUAAGCAGAAAACUACUCAACUAUCUGUUUCUGUAAAUGGCCUUCUUGAGAAGAUGCCUGAGCAACCCAAAACAUCAACUUCUGUAUCAAAGUUAACUGAGAUAACUGCCAACAAUAAUGCCGGAGAAAAAGAUGAGUUUAGCCUGGAUGUAUUGGAUGACUUGCAGCUACCAGGACAAGAUCUGGGUUCAUGGUUGAACAUUGAUGAUGACGGGUUACAGGAUCAUGACUUCAUGGGCCUUGAAAUUCCCAUGGAUGAUCUUUCUGACUUGAAUAUGAUGGUUUGAGUUGCUUUCUUUGUAUAUUCUUGUUUCAUUAUACUGUUGACAAGCAAAUUCAUAGUCACUGUCAUCAAGAAAUGACCAUUACAUGGAUAGAUGUUUGACUCUCUGGUCCACAGUUAGGUUACAUAGAUUCUUUGUAGACUUCUCCACAGUUUAUUUUUGAGCGAACCAUUUGGAUGUCUUGAAUUUUUCUCAAGUUGGUGAUUUUGAGUGUAAAGAUCUUUUGUUCCUACCAGUUAGUUAUGUCUUAGCAAUUACAUAGUAGCAAACCCUGUAUCCUGGCUGUAGCUUUUACAAACCAGAGAGCAAUGCUCUUCUUGUACAUACAUUUAUAUUCCUAAUAAAAUUAGCUUUUUGUCCAGUUUAA